ACCAAGCCCAUAUGGACAAAUAAAGGAAGAGGGAAGGAGCGGUUCGUUUCUUCCCUCGAAUUUUUUCGUUUUUCCCGUUUCGAAAUCUCCCGCGUUUACUCUCUCUCUCUCUCUCUCUCUGCGCGACUUACAUGCUCUUCCCUCCCCUCCCCCGCGCCUUCUCAUCUCCCUCUCUCUCUCUCUCUCUCUCUGCGUCCGAGAUCUAUCAGUCAGUCUCUCCGUUGCUCUUCGCCUGUCGUCUUCCCCAUUUCGUCCCAGAUAUCUACCGGUUCUCCGUUUCUCCUUUCGUCUGUUGGACUUCCCCGUUUCUUCUCAGAAGGAGCCAAAUGGGGAAGCAAUCUAGAGCCAAGAAAUCAGAGACUAUCGGCAAAGGGAAGGUCACCCCAGUCCAGAUCGCCUUCAUCGUGGACCGCUACCUCUCUGACAACAACUUCACCCAGACCCGGUCCGUCUUUCGGACCGAAGCUGCCUCUCUCAUCGCCAAGUCUCCAGUUCACGAGGCGCCGAGAGGGUUGCUGAGCUUAGAAGCCAUGCUGAAUGAGUACAUUAGUCUGAAGGAGCAGAAGGCGAUGGUGGAUCAGGAGAGGAUCCGGCUGGAGCAGGAGAGGUGGAGGAUUCAGACCCUUCUGCAAGGUAUGCAGGAAGCCAUGAACGCUUACAACUCUGGGGGUGCGGGCCCAUCGACCCCUGCGAUUCAGGCCCCGGUCUCGAAUCUGAACCCUCAGUCUGUGGACCCGACUGCGAGAUCGCCUCCAGGGUGUCUAGCAGGUAACACAACACCUGGUGUGCCUUUUUCGGCCCCAUCCUCUCAGAAUGUAAUGGUGUGUAAGACCUCAUCUUCGCAAUUGAUGGUUCAGCCUGCCUCGAGCAAGAGGAAGGUUGCAAGUACUGCUGCAGAAGGGCCUUCAGCUGUGAAGAAAUCUCGCAGCACAUUAUCUUCAUCCUCCUCCAAGAGAUUGUCGAUUAAAUCUUCUGAGGUAGCUGAGCAAUCAAACAAGGCAGACGGCAAUCAGCAAGCUGCAGACCCGACAGCUUCAAAACCUUCUCAGAAUAAUACGGCAAAUGGAUCAGUAGUCCAGGGCUCGGGUAUUGCUAAGAGGCUGUUCUACCCUCCUCAACAUUCCACCCCGGCUAAGUCAUCGGGGCCUGCUACUCCUCCUAGAGGAACUUCCUCUCGGAGCGACCAAUCUACAUCCUCCUCGAUUGAGACGUCUUCUGCAGCAGGGUGCAGCAACAGCAAUACUAACACCCCUGAAGGAAUCACGCCAACUCACUGCACCAUGGUUUCGUAUGAGAAAAUCACCGUGAGCCCUUUUAAGCAAAUAAUUGAGAGGGGCCAGUGCAUUUCUUCCUCUCCAGCGAAGAGGGUGAAAGGAAGGCUAGAUUUUAAUGAUUCUGUUCCUGAUGUUCCUGCGAGUAUAGAGAAUGAUACUGCUGAUAAUACCUCAACGUCUGAAUCUGAGAAGGAAACUGAUCAGUUUGACUGGGAUUUUCCAAACUUGGAUGCGUUCGGAGCUAAUUUUUUUACCGACCUUUUAGUCGAUUUAGAUCUUGAUGGUGACGAUAUUAACUUCUCUAGUGGAUCAAUGAUGGAGGCUCCUGGCGGAAAAAUGGCAGGGUUACCUCAUGAAUCAAGCGACAAGACUCCUGGAGUCGAUCAGCUCAUGUCAGAAUAUUCAGCAACUGUGACUGAAAUCCAUUCGGAGAGAGAUGUGAAAAUCCAAGGUGUCAAUAAUGUAAUGGCAGUUAAGUCAGUAACAAGGUGCACCAGUGUUCUGAGCCCAGCCAAAAGAAACCCAGGAGUUUGAUGCACCAAUAUAAUUUGAUGAGAGAAACUGACUCGAUGGCUGCUUGAUCCUCAGCAAACUUGCGAUAGAUUGCUUCUCAGUCAGCCUGACCCGGCCUUUCAAUUCUAAUAAUAAGUCAUAGCCGUGCACUGUAACUUAUAUCCAAUUUUCAAGUCGAUCUCACUUCAACAUCACCAUACUCAGUUUCUAAUUGAGGAUGGUUUGUUCUUUCAUAUUCUUUUGGAUGUAACUGCUUAUUCUGAUCUAGGGAUAGCAGCUCCCUCCCUCCCUCCCUAAUUCUCUGUCUGUAUUGGUUUCAUGGUUUGUAAUACGAAAUCUUUACAGGUGUUUUGCCC